GGUGGCGGAUAACUUUGUCCGUCGGAUAAGAACUAUACGGAGUCGAAGAAAACCGAUUCUGCUAGAUAUCUUUCGGAUAAAGUUAUCGGCAACUUAUCUAGAGGUGAAGAAACCGGCCAUAAGCCAUAGUGCAAUCUAAGUCAAAAAUUGAAGAAAAACUCAUCGAGAGUUUAGUUUUGACUUACAUUUUAAAAUUAAUAAUAAUAAAAGCUAUUAAAAAUAAAUUAAAGCCGUGGGAUAUGCUAAAAAAUUGUAAUAUUUAUUGUGAAGGAAACUUAAUUAUAUUUUAUUGUGCACAGUUGCUAUGUACCGCAUAUAAAUUUUGAAGAUGGUAAAGUGCUAUGGAGGUUGUCUUUAGAAGUUGAAAAAGCAGUACUGUGAAUUUAAACAGUCUUAAGUUUUGCGGAAAUGUCACUAAUUCGUAAUUUCAUAUUCUUAAAACAUCUUUUAUAGGAUAUCUGACAUUUAUAUAAAAUGGCUGGAAAUUUUUGGCAAAGUUCUCAUCACCAACAAUGGUUAUUAGAUAAACAAGAUUUAGUUCGUGAAAGACAACAUGACUUGUCUAUUUUGACGGAGGAGGAAUAUCAGAAGCUCUUUAUAUUUUUUUCAAAUCUUAUACAGGUUCUUGGUGAACAACUCAAGUUGAGGCAACAAGUUAUUGCCACUGCUACUGUUUACUUUAAACGUUUUUAUGCUCGCAAUAGCUUAAAAUGUAUAGAUCCAUUACUCUUGGCACCUACUUCUGUAUUCCUAGCUUCCAAAGUUGAGGAAUUUGGUGUUAUAUCCAAUACAAGGCUUAUAUCUACUUGUCAAACUGUUGUAAAAAAUAAAUUUAACUAUGCUUACUCACAAGAAUUUCCAUACCGUACAAAUCACAUUCUUGAAUGUGAGUUCUACUUAUUAGAACAUCUGGACUGCUGCCUUAUAGUAUAUCAGCCCUACCGUCCUUUAUUAACAUUAAUUCAAGAUGUUGGUCCUGAUGAUCAGUUACUGACACUGGCUUGGCGAAUUAUUAAUGACAGUUUGCGUACUGACGUGUGUUUGCUAUAUCCUCCCUAUCAAAUAGCUAUUGGAUGCCUUCAGAUAGCCUGUGUUAUCUUACAAAAAGAUCUGAAAUCCUGGUUUGCAGAAUUAAAUGCAGAUAUGGAAAAAAUCCAGGAAAUAGCAAGGUACAUUAUCAAUCUAUAUGAACUUUGGAAAGCAUAUGACGAGAAGAAGGAAAUUCAAAGUCUUUUAGCAAAAAUGCCUAAGCCUAAGGCUGCACCACAGCGCUGACAUCAACCUUUCCUAUCUGGACCUAAUAUCUGGGUCUGAUUAAAAAAUUUGUACGACUUUGAACCAAUAUAUUAUUCUACUUACAUGGCA